CAAAGGAUUCCGAAUUUCCGAUAGGCCACUUGGAUGAUGAAUCGAUGACCUACUAGCAGACUCGGAUCCACCAGCAUCCUCCCAGAUGAGCCUGUCGUGGUUCGGUCUCAUUCUUCUUCAUCGCAUGCGAACCAUCUAUAUCGGACAGACUCCAUGUUUAUCAUCGGGGACAUCAAAUAAGGGCAAAUUGAAGACGUGCAAGUUAUCAGGAACGUGUUGGUUCUAUACCCAGGCGCUGGUGCAUUGUUCUCUACCUUCACCAGAUGUCUUAGUAUCAGAUCUUACUCAUCAUCUGUAUUCUGAUGAGCUACAACAAAGCCAUCACGAUGCACUGCGCACAUCGCCCAGCUUCAUCCGGGUCGAACGCGUAUAUCAACAAUAUGCAUUAAUAUGGAUAUCUUGAUCGUGUGGCAAUAUCGAAAGUACAUAUGCACGUGGGAUCAUGGGCCUGCGAUCGGAUU